GAUUAUCUGUCGAUAAAACACAAAGUGAUGACCGUUUUCAUAAACGGAAUAUAAAACUCGCUCGUGGUAUCGACUAGUCCGAUCGGUUAUUACAGAAGAUCAACACAAUAAUUUUCCCGAAGAGUUAUAAUCAUGUUUUUAGUGCGGUUCGCCUCGGCGUUAUUGCCGUUCGCCGCGUUGUGUUUUCACCCGACACAGGCAGGAUUACGGGUGUUAGCCGUGAACACGAUAUCGGGCAAAAGCCAUUGGAAUUUCAUGAACGGAUUUUUGCACGCGCUGACCGACUUCGGGCAUAACGUUACGGUUUUCACGUGGUUUCCCGAUGGAAAACGCCCAAACUACACGGAAUUCGUCUUGGAGGGACCGUUGCGGUUGAAUAUGGAUCUGGUAGGGUUCAAAGAACGGUUAAGACCUCCGAACAAUCUAAUCGACUACGUGGUGCACCGCAAUAGACAAUCUUGUGACAGCGUAUUUGCAAACGCCAAAAUGAAAACCAUCAUGGCUGCGGGCAACGCCGACGAGUUCGACGUCAUCGUCACCGAAUCACUUGCCACGGACUGUAUGUCAGCGUUGGUCCGUCGUCUCCGUUUGCCACUGAUUUACCUGUUCCCGUCGCCAAUGCCGACCUACAUGGAAUCGUCGUUUCUUGGCGAAGACCCGAACCCCGCUUACGUGUCCAAUUUUAUGCUGUCUUUCGGCUACCCCAAGACGUUCCAACAGCGGUUGCUCAACUUUCUCACGUACAAAUACAGCAGGUCUCUGUUGUGGUACGUCGAAACAAUGGCCGUCAAGUCCGACCCCAGACCGUACGACCGGAUAGAGCCGGUCAAACCGUCUUUGGUGUUUGUCAACAGUCAUUUCAUCGUCGAAAUGGCCAGACCCAUGCCGCCGAAUAUCAUAGAAAUCGGCGGUAUCCACCUUCCCGAACCCAACGCCAUACCAAAUGAUAUACGAGAGUUUAUUGAAAAUUCACCGAAUGGAGUUAUUUACUUCACGUUCGGAUCGUCAAUAAAAAUGUCGUCGUUUCCUGACCACAUUAGAAACGCAUUCAAACUAGCUCUUGCACGACUCCCCCAGAGAAUACUGUGGAAAUACGAGUGCGAAAUGGAAGGCAAACCGGACAACGUGAUGACGAAAAAGUGGUUCCCUCAACGUGAUAUUCUCUUGCAUCCGAAUGUCAAGCUGUUCAUCGGACAUGGCGGGAUAUCUGGUGUGUUUGAAGCUGUCGAUGCCGGAGUUCCGAUGUUAGGGUUUCCGCUAUUCUACGAUCAACCGAGGAACAUUGGUAAUCUCGUCGAAGCCGGAAUGGCCAUUUCACUCGACGUGAUGACUGUCACCGAAACUCUGAUUUUCGAAUCGGUUAAUAAAUUAAUUAACGAUAAAAAGUAA